AUGGCAGAGCUGGCAGAUGGAGAGGAGGUGGUUCCUCCAGAUGUCUUGGCCAGGAUCAGCGAGGAGAACGAGCGCCUGAAGCAGGAAGUCUUGAUAUUGAAGGAAAGGCAUGAGAAGGAGAAGCAGCGCCUGGAAAUGCAGGUGCGCGGCGAACGGUCCAUUGCAGAGCGGGAGGCUGAGGCGAACCGCGACAAGACCACGGAUUUAGAGAAGAUGAAGAUGCAGAUGGUCAUGCUUACGAGAAAGCUCGAUGACGAGGUUUCUGCAAAAGAUCAGGUGGUGGGUGAAACGCACCGGCUGGAGCGGAAGCUGCAGGAGCUUUCCAUGGGCAGCGCUGCAGGCGGAACAGCUGCUAGUGGCUCUGCCGGUGGCUCUGGAGAGGAAGAGAGAUCGCGAGAGAAGACCAGCCAGGUGUCGACGAAGCUGAUGAGAGUUGUGGAUCAGUGGAUGCGGUGCAAAGACAUCCAGCAGGCGCUCCUUCGUGAUGCAGCCAUCAAUGAUUUGGCCUUUGCGACGCUGGCACAGGCCCUGGUUGACUGCCCGUCUUUGCAAACUUUGGAUUUGUCGCGGAACCUUCUGACGAUGGAUUCUUGCUCUGACCUUUGCCAGCUGAUCACGACAGCGCCCUGCCUGUCAUUCAUCUCGCUGGCGGAGAACCUCCUGAGUCUGCGUUGCGUGGGCUACUUCAUGACUGCCAUCAUGGAGAGGCAAACCACGAAAAGGCUCGUCCCUCUAGACCUCCUUGAUCUUCAAGGCAAUGAAGGGCUGCAGAUGGCCUUGGCACAUGCGCCGCCUCAGGAGCUGGUUUCGAAACUCAGAGACGCGGCACAGACGCCUGCUGGCAAGGGCUUGACAUCUCCUCCUGCCAUCGACCUCGCCAGUCACGUGAUGAGGUCCCUGUGGAGAUUUCUGCACGACACGCAGCAUCCGCAAGUGAAGAAUACCACAGUGGACGAGUACUCCUUUGACAGUAUGGACAAGGUUACCUUGAACAAGAUGGACAACGCUCUGAUGAAGAUCCUCCUUCUGGCCGCUGACGAGACCUUCGGCAAGGAGGCGAAAGCAGUGACGGCCAACGUGGUCCUUCUACCGGCGAUGCUGGUCCAGGCCCAGUUGGUGCGUCCGGACACAACUGGUUCCCAAACGGCAGGAACCCGGCGGCACAGCUCGCAGGAGAGCUCCCCAGCAGCUGCUCCGGACAAGGCAAAGCUGAAGCGACAGCCGUCCAAGAAGUUUCAGAAAGCACCGGAGCCUCCUGCUGAGGAUCCGAAGGUCUCUGACCCUUUUGCUGACUUGAAGAGCGCCUUUGAGCCAGUGAAGGAAAAAGCAAAGUCUUUCAACCGCAAGCAGAUCGUCAGCAGGACCGGGACGGUGCUCAUGAACAUGUUGGAGCGGCUUCUGGAGACUACGGACAUCGAUGCUGUGGAUGUUACGGACAACUCGACGCUUCUUGAGUAUGCUUGUACGACGGGAAACAUGGGCCUGGCCAAGCUCUGCUACCGCCGGGGUGCCAAGCUGAUGGCCAAGACUCGGCGCGGUGACACCGCCUUCAAUAUCGUGACCAGAGCGAAGCGCUACGACAUGAUGGAGUUCUUGCACAUCUACGGGGUCAAGAUAAAUUCUGCCGAUGCGGAAGGGAGGACAGCCCUGCACGUGGCGGCGCAGCAGAACGAUGUCGAUGGAAUCUGCCGCCUCAUUGAGUGGGGCGCAGAUGUCAACAUCACGGACAACAAGAAGCGCACGCCAAUACAUGUAGCAGCUGCUGGAGGUAACUUCCAGGCUUGCAUGCUUCUGCUGGAGAUGGGGGCAGACAUGAAUGCCAAGGACAUUCGUGAGUACACUGCCCGGGAGCUCAUCUUCUUCAUGUGCUACGGUACCAUCUGGGAUUCCAUGCCGCGUUGUCAAAGGAUGGCAAAGGAUGCAUUGGCAUCCAGGCUUCUCAGUUUAAAUGCAUGCAGCAGAAACUAG